AUGUUUGUUUUAUUAAUCAUCUAAUAAUGCUAUGCUCAAUUUAAUAUAUUAACCACAAUUGGAGGGAAAAAUAUUUCAAUAUAUGAAAAUGAUGUUUAGAAUCAUUAAUUUAGUGUUCAAGAAUAGUAUCAAUGUCAUCCAUCUGAGUUAUUUGAAGAGGAUUAGAAAUAGGAUAGCAGAAUUUUUUAUAUUUAAAAUUUUCAAUCUUAAGCUAUAAAUUUAAGCAUCAUACCUAUAUCACUAAGACCUAGAGAUAUGUAAUUGAUAAAUGUGACAAAUUAAAUUGAGUAAUAAGAAAUAACAAUUGAAGGAAGUUCAAUAUCAGAAUACAAAAUAAAUUAUGAAUGUUAUUAGAAUUGGGCUUUUGUUGAAUUACAUGUUAGAUAUGGAAAGAAUAUUUUAAAUUUUAGAUAUAUUAAGAUAUGUGAGGAGAGAUUGUAUUAUCAUGAUUAUCCUGAUUUAAUAUUGGCAGUAAUGGCUUUGAUUUUAACAUAUAUUGGAGCAAUUUAUGGAUAAAAGAGAUUUAAAUUGAAACAAACAUAAGCAAAACAAUAAAUUGAUGAAUUAGAAUCAAGUGAAUCAUUUUAUAAAGCAAGAUAAAUAUAUUCUCCUUAAUAUUCAUAACCAGAAUAAAUAAUAAAGAUGGGUGAAUUUUAAACAACAUCUGAUUCUGCAUAAAUAAUCUCUACAAAAGGUAAGUAAACUAAUUUAAUAGUGAGAAUAGUAUUGUAUAUGUUUUUUGUAAUUGGAUUAUUGUUCACAUUAUAUUUAUGGGAAGAAAUAUCUAUAUUUGAGAUUCCAAUAUAUGGAAUAUAUUUUGUUUGUGUUUAAAUAGCCAUGACAGAUCUCUUUAUAUAUAUUGUAUCAUCAUCUAUUUCACCCUAUAUAAAAUUACCUUUAUAUGGAAGAGUAAAAUUGAUAAACUUAUUUACUUAUAUGUUACAAUUUGUAUACACUUUCUUUCUUGUAUUGACAGACAAUUGGGUAUUAAGAAGUUUUAGUUCCAUUUGCUUAUUAUUUUAAUUAAUUAGAGUAUUGAUAUUAUUAAUUAGUUUAGUUUAUGAAGUUUUACAAUCUUCAAUAAUUACUAUCAGUCUAUAGUGUUAUUUUUGGAAUAUCAUUUAUUAUAUAGUAUAAAUUUUAGAUUGAAUUUCCAAAAUUGCAUUUUCCAAAUACAUUUUUUCUUGAGAAUCCUAAAUUAACAUGUUCAGAUAGAAAUUUAUUGUAAUUAAUGUUACCAUGUUCUUUAUUAACUUAUACAAGAUAUUUUAGAAAAUAAACUAGAUCACAUUCCAUAUUAUUUAAAUUGGGAUAUUUAAGUUAUAUUAUUGGAGUAUGUUUGAGUCUUAAAUCAAAUGGUAAUUAGAUUCUAUAGAACUUGAUUGAUAACUUUUUACCAUCAAUAAUGAUCUUACUUACUAUAAAUGUGUAUGGAGUUGCAAAAAGAGAAAUGAAAUAAUUGUAUUAAGGAAUUGAACCUGGAUUACAUAAUAGAGCAAUUUAAUAAUAAUAUAGUUAUGAAUUAACAAUUGAUAAAUAUAAUAAUAAAAAUUAGUGA